UAGACAAUCCUCCUCUUCCUUUUUGACCUUCAAAUACAAAGCUACUACCUUUCAAUUCCAUUCCCAAUCUUUUCUUCUUCAAAACCCUAAUUCCGAUCUCCAAUAUCCAAUCUGAAAUCAAGUAAUUUCUCUGCUGAUUUCACCAGAUCGGCUUCGCUGAUUACUCAGGAAUUAUGUCUUUUGUGCGGAAUUUUGAACCGGAAGGAAGACAUCUACACGGAGGUUAUAGGUCCACCUAUGAUCAUGCUAAUUAUGCUAAGUACGAUGCUGUCCCAGCAUCCUUGAAAAGGAGAAAAUAUGCAGCUCCUGCUUGGGAAGAUAGCCAGAUGUACUAUCUUCCAUACACUGUCCAAAACAAUUUCUCAUCAGCCAAUUUCCAAGCUCCUCCUACAAGAUCCAAUGCGGAUACAUCAACAUCUGCUAGCUUGCAGCUUGAUUGGUCUAUAUUUGAAGAUGAUAAGCCAUCCUUCAUGUCAAGGGACGAGAUUGACAGAUAUUCUCCAUCAAGAAAAGAUGGCAUUGAUGUGCGUCACGAAACACACUUGCGGUACUCCUAUUGUGCUUACCUCCAGAACCUUGGAAUGCGGCUUGAACUGCCUCAAACUACCAUUGGGACGGCUAUGGUUCUAUGCCACCGAUUUUUUGUUCGGAGAUCACAUGCCUGCCAUGAUAGAUUUUUGAUUGCUACUGCUGCCCUUUUCCUAGCUGCAAAGUCGGAGGAAUCGCCACGCCCUUUGAACAAUGUUUUGCGGGCAUCUAGUGAAAUCUUACAUAAACAAGAUUUUACCAUGUUGUCCUAUCUUUUUCCUAUUGAUUGGUUUGAACAGUAUCGUGAGCGAUUGUUUGAGGCUGAACAGUUGAUUCUGACUACCCUAAAUUUUGAACUCAAUGUGCAACAUCCAUAUGCACCCCUUACAUCUGUUCUUAACAAAUUAGGUCUAUCAAAGACCAUUUUGGUGAACCUGGCUUUAAACCUGGUCAGUGAAGGGCUUCGGAGUUCUCUUUGGCUUCAAUUUAAACCUGAACAUAUUGCUGCUGGAGCUGCAUAUCUUGCUGCCAAGUUUCUCAACAUGGAUCUUGCUGCUGAUCGGAACAUCUGGCAAGAGUUCCAGACAACACCAUCCAUUCUUCAAGAUGUCUCGCAGCAAUUAUUGGAGCUCUUCUGAAAGUAUAAAAGAACAAGAUAGCAUUUACCUUGUAGAGUAGAUUCUAAGUACAUAGUCAAAAUGUCGCAGAGUUGAAAUAGUAUGAGCCACAGAUAAUCAGUGUUGGGAAGUUUGAUAAAUAAUUUGGCAGAUUACAGAUUGAAAGGUGUGACCUAUGGUUGUCCUAGUGUUUCAGCAUCUCAUGUAUAUUUUUAUCAAACCUGGAUCACACUUUGCAUACAUUUCGUUGGUGCAAUGCAGUGUGAUAUACUUUGAAUUGUCAUCUAUACCAACCAGGGCGUCUAGUCUAGUUGAGGAGGAACAUUUCCAUCAUUGGGGUUCCAAGGUGUCAAAUUCUGUUUUAAUUAAUCUUGUAGAAAUGGUUUCACGACAUAAGACUUUACAUAAUCGAAUUUAUAGAAGUUCACUAAAUGUUUACUGAAA